CGUUGUAAACAGCAUCAUAUGGGUUGUUAAAUCCAGGGUGAACUUCAUGAAUGUUAAAUGUUGACAAACAAUAAACAAAGAGUUUGUUGAUUAUUUUAACUUUUCAGAAACUAAAUAUUAAUUCUUCUAUUCUUUAUAUUGGAAAAUGUGUUUUUUUCUUUUUGACUAAGUUAAUAAACAUUUGUGGAAAAUGGAAGAAUUAGAUACUGUGAAUGCAGAAAGUCCGGAGGUGCAGCAAGAAGAAAUUGAGAGAUACGAAGAGGUGAUAAUAAUAGAAGAACAAAAUGAAGUCGAUGUGCCGGAAGAAGUUGUUCCCGAGGUUGAAGUGAAUCACGAUAGAAUUGAACACGACAUUCCAGUGGAUCAAGAAGUCGUCAUAGAAACAAAUGAAGAACCACAAAGAGAUGAAUCUUGUACUCGAGUGAAGAGAAGAAAAUACGCCGAAAUCAGCAGUAGUCCGGGAGGAUUGUCCGACGACAGUAUAGAUGCAGAUCAAAAAUGUUCAAUUUGCCUCGAAGGCUGGAGUAAUUAUGGCGAGCAUCGUCUUUGUUGUUUGAGAUGUGGCCAUUUAUUUGGACACAAAUGUAUAAAACAAUGGUUGGAACAAUUUCAAAAUGCCCAGUCACGCCGUUGUCCUGAGUGCAAUACAAAAGCAACUAAAAAAGACAUUAGAAUAUUGUACGCCAAAAAACUAUACUGCCUUGAUAAUGCCGAGGAGGAGAAAUUAAAGGAACAAUUGAAGGCGACAAACAUUCAAAAGGAACAAAUUGAGAGACAAUUAAUAGAGUACAAAACAAAGGUGAAAAUGUUCGAGUUUCAGAUCAGCACGAUGCAAAAGCGAAUCGAUGAUUUUAAAAGUGAAAGAACAAGACGUUUUCAUCAUUCAAACACGAGUUCCAUGUAUCAUGAUAGUGUUAUUCUUCAAAAAGAACGUUCCUUCACUAUUUGUGAGAGAGCAGGUUGUCGAGUAAUGGCACAUAAUCCAUGGCACAAUAUUUUAGUAACAUCUCUAAAAACAACUCACCCCCUAAGAACCGACCACGGAAUUAGUAAAAUAAUGUUAGACACAUUUUCACUCAUGCCCUAUCGAAGUAUUCAUAAUGGCGCUAUCAGAGAUUUAGACUUUCAAUUCGACCAUCCUCAAAUCAUGCUGAGUGCAGGUUUUGACAAACGGGUUAUCCUGACUGAUAUUCGCGAUAUUUGUCGAGAAAUACAUCAUUACGAUGAGAACGCUCAACUUUGGAGUUGUGCUUGGUCUAAGGAAUAUCAUCACUAUUUUUUCGCAGGAACACAAAAUGGAUGUAUUGUCAAAUAUGACAUUAGACAAACGGGAACAUCAUUGGAGAUAAUACAAAAUCCUGAUGACAGUUCACCUAUCGUCUCUUUAGCUUCCGUUCCACACAAUUCUCAUGGGGCUUUUAGAACAGGAGGACUGCUGGCUUGUCACUUAAACACAUGUUACGCGUACACCGUGAAAGAUGGCAUCUAUCAAGGAAAUCGAAUGAAUCUUGAGGGUCCAUUCAUGUCAGUGCGUUAUGACGAGAAAAAUAACAAUUGUUUAGUUUCCUGUCGUUCAAAUUCAAGACAGCAACAUGUUCGUCAUUACGUUUGUAGUGUGGACAGAAAUGAGGAGGACGGUUUUCAGUGUAAUGUAAUUCACACAUUUCAUGCAGGCGAUGCACAAAGAAUUCUCUCAAGACCCUGUCACAUGUAUUUAGAAGACGAUACAUUAGUCGUUGCCAAUAACGACAGUACGAGUAAUGUUGUUCUCUGGAGUGUUUCAAGUGGAAAAGAAGUGCUAAAAUUACCUGUACAUAAUUCCGUAGUAGACACUUGCUCUUUCGAAUAUUAUAAUAAGUACCUUGCUAUUUUAACAUUAGAAGACUUACACUUGUACUGUCAUAAGGAGGAUGUACAUAAUACAAUACAUUUGUAAAUUAAACAUCAAGCACAAAUUCUAUUUUUCAUCAUUCUCGAAGACGAAUGUUUAUUUCUAUUGUUUUUUUUGUUUGCUUACGAAAAUUUAUUAUUAUUUACAAAAUUAAUGUAUAUAAAAAAUAUAAUCUUGUAAUAUAAGAAAUCAUUUUUUAUAAAUACUUUUUGAAAAUUAA